AAAGACAACCAGACUAGACGACUGCUGGACGUCAAUUGAGCGUUGUCUGACUUGAUGAAAAUGUUCAAGCUCAUCCUGGCCUUGUCGUGUGUCGUCAUCUUCUGUGGUAAGUUUUAAGUCAGUUUGAUCUAAGACUACAUGAGUCAAAGGUGAUGGUAAAGUGAAAACAAUAUUUAGCAUGUCAUUUGCAAUAGGCUGUUUAAAAAAAAAACACAAAACAAGCUACUUUGUUACACUUUGGUAAAAUUUUAUUAACAUCAUGCACUUAGUUUACAAUAUCUGAUAUGCCAGUAACGUACAAAUGCUAGGGUAUCAGAAAGAUAGCAGGUUGCUCAUUUUUAAAUACAAACCCUACAAAUUCAAUAAGCUUAUGACAAACUGAAACAGCCGGAUCAAGAACCAACAACCUGUUCUGCCUUUUCCUCUACGAUUCGUAGCUAUAUUAUGUAUGUCUUUUGGUACAGCUAAAAUGAAUGCACAACCAGACCAUUGCUUCUACAUCGCCCGGUCAAAGCCAAAGUUCAGUACUCUCCUAUAUAGCAUUUAGGUAAGCAUCAUAACAAAACAUGGUGUGACAUUUCAACAGCUUUCACCAUAGACGUCUGUAGAGUGUUCAGAUCGUAACUAAUGCACAUAAUCUAAAACUGAUCAAAAUUUGCAGUUUGUUGUCUACACUUAGCAAGAGGCGCCAUUGUUGGCUGAAUGCGCAAUGCAUAGACCAUGGACACAUGUUGUUUCAUUUACUCGCUGCUGUAUAGGAAGCUCAAGAUCAAGACUCAAAGACGACACAUAAUAAAUGUGUCAUGUUCAGUUCAAUUCAAAAACGUGCCAAAGUGUACACGUUUUAUAGCCAUUUUAAUUGUUUCUAUAGUAUAGUAGUUACUAUCCUAAUGUCUCAUGUUUAUUUUACUUAGUUUACAUGUUUUUAAUAAUUGUAAAGCGCUUAGAGCUUUAAGGUAAGCGCUAUAUAAAAAUGCCUAAAUAAAUAAAUAAAUCAAUACUGUAUUAUUAAUUGGACACCGCAAAAAUUAUUAUUAGUUACCUUUAGUUAGAGAGUUCGUGACAGUUACGUCACACUAUUUUCUUUCCCAGAAUGCAAUAUCGUAAGAAGAGAUGGCGCCUGUGCUCAGUUGAGGGAAUGCGUCCAGCCUACUGGAUUGUUCGAUUACUUUUUUAGUGAAGGAGAUAACGAACAAUUGUGCCAGUGAGUGAAAUAAAGACCGCUAAAUUCUUUUAUCAUUUAGUACAAUUUAACGUGUUACAUUAUUUUUUUUUUUUUUUUUUUUUAAAUUUACUGCAUGUUUUUUUUUUUUUUUUUUUUGUUUUUUUUUUUUUUUUUUUGUUUUUUUUUUAAUUUUUCUGCAUGAUUUUUUUUUUUCAUCUAUGUGUUUAUUAUAUUUUUUGGUUGCUAUUGUAUUAAAUGUGUGUGUGUCUGGUAAUCUAGUUAAUAAUAACAUAUUUUUAAUAGAUAAAUAUCAGUCCUGUGAGUUAGAAAGCUGCAUACGUUCUUCACUGAUUUUCUAAAUAGCGGUGCUAAAGAGAGUCAAAUCAUUUGAAAGUUUUUAAAAUUUGUUUGCGUUUUAUAAUGGUUCAAACCUUAUUCACUUCAAAUUAUCAGGAUAUUUAUGACAUCGAUAUGCUCAAAAUAAUGUCAUUUAGAGUGUAUAUAGCGCCAUAGUGUAGAGAACCUUGGCCGGGUCUGUUCUACCCUCGUUCUGAGGAUGGACAAUGGUCAUCACAUUUUCUAUCAACAUAUUCUUUUAACAUGUUAAUGUGACAUAACUGUUUCUUUCUUUUACGAUCUGUUGUUAACACAAUGUAAUUUAAAUCAUUAACUUUGGACUCAACUACCUAAGGACCAAAAUAUCUGGCUUGUAGUGCUUGCCCUGGUAUCGGCAAAAGCACAAGCACUUUCUCCCCUGAAGCAAAUUUUGACUUUUGUCAUACAAAAUUUUCAUUUUAGAUUGUGAAUCUUUUAAAUGUGUUUUAGCCAAAUUAACGGCAUUAAAAAUUUAGUUUUAAACUUGUGGACAUAGUCAAGAAGUCCUUCGGUGGGUGUCGAUGACAUCCACUUGUCUUUUAAAAGUUUAAGGGGACCGCGAACAGUGUGGCCAAAGACCAGUUCGAAGGGGCUGAAUCCAAGUGAUUCUUGAACUGCUUCUCUUGCGGCUAACAGUGGCAUGUUGAUGCCUUCAUCCCAGUCUUUCUCUUGUUCUAGGCAGUAAACUCUCAUCAUGCCCUUUAACGUCUAAUGGAAUCGCUCAAGUGAUCCCUGUGACUGAGGAUGAUAUGCACUCGACAAGCAGUGUUCUAUCCCCAAUUGGUUCAUCACUUGUUUGAAUAGUCCAGACUUGAAUUUGGUUCCUUGAUCAGAUUGUACCGACUUUGGAAGACCAAACAAUGUAAAAAACUUCAUCAGGGCUUUGACGAUGUUUGGAGUCUUGAUAUUGAGAAGAGGAAUCGCUUCUGGGAACCUUGUUGACGCACACAUGAUUGACAGCAAGUAUUGGUGACCUGAUUUUGUCUUUGGUAGAGGUCAAACGCAGUCUAUAAUAACGUGACUGAAAGGUUCUUCGAAUGCUGGAAUGGGUUGAAGAGGAGCUGCUGGUAUCUUCUGAUUUGGUUUCCCUACUACCUCACAAGUAUGACAUGAUCUGCAGUAGUCAACCACAUCUUUCUUGAUUUUGGCCAAAAUACGUGUGACAUGAUUUUGUGAUAUGUUUUGUUUACUCCCAAAUGGCCAGAAAGUGGUGAAUCUUGGGCUAAGUUCAGGACUUCGUUCCGGAAUGGUGUAGGAACUACUAUUAGAUUAACUAUCCUCCAUUCUUCGUCAGCCUUUGCGUCUGGAGCUCGCCAUUUUCUCAAAAGUAUGUCAUCUUGAAGGUAAUAAAAUACAGGGAAUUGUUCAGCUUCUUCUUCAGUUAAAGCGUUCUGACAAAGCUUGAAUAUUUCUGGAUCACUCUUCUGUUCUUCAAUAAGUUGCAUUCGAGUUGGAGUCUUCGUUUAGACUGGCGAAAAAUGUUUUAUUCCAGGUCAAUUUAAGGAAGAAUUUUAUUGCUUUUUUGUGAAAUCUCUUUUGUGGAGAUCUUGGAACUCAUGGCCCUUGUUACAGCACAUGCUGGAUACAAUUCUUGAUCUUCUUCCUGAUAUUUAGUGACACAAGGUUCUUGAGUAACGAUGGGUUUGGCUUUUACCUUCCCAGCAGCUAAGUCAUUGCCUAGCAGCAACGAGAUGCCGUCCAAUGGUAAUGUUGGUCGGACACCCGCAACCACAGGUUCUGAGACUAGGUCUGAUUUCAGAUUGAUGCGAUGUAAAGGAACAUCAAUGCAUCCAAGCUCUACAACUCGUCACAGGAUGUUGCUCCCAGUAGCAGUAGAUUCAGACAAGGGAAGUAUACCCUCAAGUAGCAAGGACUGUGAAGCACCUGCAUCUCGUAAGAUUUUGAUUGGUUGUAGACUGAACAAAUCACCUGGACAUGAUACGAAUCCUUACGAUAUGAAAGGCACGAAGUCUUGUAUGAUAUCAGUAUUUUCUGAUGUAGAAUUUUGGACCUUUGUAGGUAAAAUUCUUGUUGGAGAACAUUCGGCUAGGUUAGAGGGAGUAAAACUCUGUGUAGAGUCAUCAAAACUUGCACACAAGUCCUCAGUAAAAUGCCCUCUGGAGGUAGACCUCUUCUUGGAGCAAAAGGAUCUUGGCGACAAGCUCAUAAAACUUGCAGUCGAAGCAGGAACUUGGCUGGAGUCAGUAAAACUAGCCUUAUGGUUCAUAAUGGAACUCUUUGAUGAGUCGUGACAAACCUCUUUGAAGUUUGUAUGGACAUCUGGAGAGCAAACACUCUUGAAUUUUGAAAAUGUAUUUCCAGAUGUAUGACGAGACGUACAAGCGGAGACUUUGUGUUGUGUACCAGGAUGUGUGGUCUUCUCAGUUUUCUUCUUGAGUUUCCAGCAAUCAUCCCUCGCAUGUCCUUCCUUUUUACAGUAGGCACAUGUGUCUUUUGCACUUGUUUCUUUUGUACCAGGCUUGUAUGCUUUUUGUGGAGGAUUACUGUAAGUCGAUGCAGCUGCCUUAUUGUGCAUGUAAUUUUUGGUGUCGGAUGGCUUCUUUGAAAGUUGGUGUGAGAUGGUGAAUUCGUCGGCUAACACUGCUGCCGUAUGUGCGUCACCUUCGCCACGGUCUACAGUAUGCAUUCGCACCUCGGUACGAACACAAUUCUUGAACUCCUCAAUCAGAAUUAGGUUCUUGAACUUUUUGAAGUCUGUGUCGGUGUUGGUUGCGUGGAGCCACUUGUCCAGGAGUCGUUCCUUUUCCCGGAGAAACUCAACAUGAGUCUGGCCAUCACGUUUCCACAGUUCCCUAAACUUUUUUACGGUAGGCUUCGGGGACACAUUCAUAAGCAUUAAGUAUUAAGGAUUUUACUAGGUUAUAGUCCCCGCGCUGUUCCACGUUUAACGAAACAAAGACUUCGGCUGCCCUGCCGGUCAAGCCUGGUUGAAGUAAGGUGGACCACAUAGUUUCAGGAAUUUUAAAAUUUUGGGCAGUUAUCUCAAACUGCUCAAAAUAUUGUUCAACCUCUUUUUCUGAAAAUUUUUGUAUUACUUUUGCAAAUUUAAUUGCAUCGCAACCCUGACUGGCUGGAGCCGUUAGUCUAUUUUCCAUUGCUGCCAAAUUGGCUGUUAUUUCCAUUUCUUUUAAUUUUAUUUGUAGCUCUUUUUGCGCUUCUAGCUCCAGCUGUUUAAGCUCUAGUUCUUUUUCAUCUCUCUCUCUUUGAGCAUUUAGCUCCAAUUGUUUGAGCUCUCGUUCUUUAUCUAGCUCCAGCUGUUUGAGCUCUCGUUCUUUAUCUAGCUCCAGCUGCUUAAGCUCACGUUCUUUUUCUCUCUGGGCAUCUAGUUCCAUUUGUUUGAGCUUUAGUUGGAGAUUCAUACCUGGAUCAUUCGGUUGUUUGACUGAGGCCAGUUCGUCCUCCGACAGCACCUCUUCAUCCACUAAGUGGACGAUGAUCAUAUCUCGUAUGGUCUUUUUUUACUGCCGAAUGAGCUACAUUUAUUCUUAAAUUUUUAGCAAUUGAAAAUAGCUCCUUUCUAGAACGUUUGUCUAAUGCCUCUACUGGUGGGUUUUCAACAUCAAAAUCCAUUUUGACACAGGCAAAAUAUAACACUUAUUUUUUUAUUUUAAAAAAAAUUAAGUUUAAUGAUCACACUUAUUAAAAUUGAAUUUAAAGAAAAUUGUAACCAGCUCUGUUGCUGGUAUCGUAAAAUGGUAUCGUGGACAAAAUUUAGUCUCAGUAUUUUGAAGUGAAUAGUGGGUCUAAAUCCAAAAACAAAUACUCAAUGUAUUAUUGGUGUAAUAAAUUAUGGAUUCAAAUUAUCCUCGGAAGAGCCCAAUAUUGUUAAAAUUGGGGACUAAUGAGAAUAAUAAUAAUAAUAUGAAGUCAAUUAUCACGGACGAGCAGCCAAAUUUUGUUACGCACUGACUUUUAUUGGGAGAAAUUAAUCUCCUAUUUUAAUUUUAAUUGGCUCGCUGUAAACAGUGCCUAACAAAGGACGAUACAUAGAGUCAACAAUAUUAAAGAUACUACCCCCAAAACUGUUUCUAGUUACAAUUAAUAAGAUGUAAUAAUUCUUAAGAUAAUUACAAAAAAAAAAAUAUAAUUUACAAUCUUCAACUUACAGUAUGUUGGAUCUUGUACCGGUACACAGUUAAUACAGUUAGAAUAAUGUGCCAAUGAAUAAUGAUGAAGUGCGAAAUAAACACAUACAUAAGAACACAAAGAAUAAUACACGCCUUGUAAAGUUAAUAAUUUCUAUCUGAAUCUCUUUCCCUCCGUGAACACAGCGUCUCAUGCGGGGUCAAUCAGAGGGCACGCACGAGAAAAACAAGCUCUAUAUAACACUUGCUCUAGAACGUUACCUAUUGAACUAACAUUACUCUGCAGGGAAAUUCCUCAUUUAACAGUAAACUACAAAAGUCAUUACUCAAACUUAUUCGUGAUAUCCAUAUAGUCUUUUUUUGAUGUGCCUUCUGUUGGCUAGGUUCCCAGGCUAUGUCUUCCCUGUCCUCACAUAAAGCAUCCUUAAAUUCCAAAGUCAACUCCUCACUCGCCUAUUGUAACGUUGUCCGGUCCCUGCCCCUAUCUUUUCCUCGUACAUUCUUCGUCAUUUGUGACACACUGUAAAAACCCUGCUUGCAGCAUUCGUCAGUUAACUUGAUUCGCGUGAGAGACAGUCUGUUGCAUUUUGGUAAUUAGUCAGUCAUCGUACUAUGGGACUCUAACCCACGUACCACCCAGGCUGAACUUUCUAGUUAGUCAGUCAUCGUACCAUGGGUUUCUAACCCACGUACGACCCAGGUUGAAAUAUCUAAUUAGUCAGUCAUCGUACCAUGGGACUCUAACCAACGUACCACCCAGGUUGAACUAUCUAUUUAGUCAGUCAUCGUACUAUGGGUCUCUAACCCACGUACCACCCAGGCUGAACUAUCUAAAUAGUCAGCCAUAGUACUAUGGGACUCUAACCUACAUACCACCCAAGCUGACGUCUAAUUAGUCAGUCAUCGUACUAUGGGACUCUAGCCCACGUACCACCCAGGCUGAACUAUCUAAUUAGUCAGUCAUCGUAGAAUAGGUCUCCCACCCAUGUAACACUCAAACUAAACUUGCAACAACGUUCUAACAAUGCAGAGCUCUUAUAAAGGUUGAAAGAUAACAAAACAAAACAACACAGAGAGUUAUCUAUAGCUUAUUCUCUCAUUGUCGCUUUCCAGAGUGGUGGCUACAUUUAAAAAUUGCACUAAUGACUUGAGGCCCCUAUGCAAUAAUAGCUUUGUUAAUGACGAGGUUGACAGUGCAUUGGCGGGUGGCGAAUUCAUGUGUUCAGCUGACGGAAUUCAAGGUUUGACUUAAGAGUCCUAUGUUUUUUACAAUAUUAAAUAGUUGAGCACACUCUUGAAAACUUUCUCUUAAACAGUAUCGUAAAACUUUUCAAACAAUUUUCAAAAUAAUAAUACUCAUGCUAUUGGCUUUACAAAAGUACAACAAUCUCCCGUUGAUAUGGAAUAGAAUCAAAUAGUUUUAUAUAUAAUGAUUCAAGUGUUCUUGUCAUUUACAGUAAUCAGUGCUGCUGCUUACUCAGAUUGUAUCACCAACACCACUAAGAAAUCGGAGAUGGGCAUAUUUAUCGCCAAUUGUAAAACUUCCGCUAUUACCAGUGCGUUCAAUACUGAAGCGCCAUCUCGGGAAGUUCGCUAUUGCCGGUAAGAACACAUAAUGAGUAAUACAAAACUACAACAAUUAUAGCACGCCAUAUUUAAUAUAAAAACAUCCUUGAAUAUAACACAAUAUUUAUACUAGAAUGAGCUUGGAUAUCCAAUGUAGCACCAAAGAAACAAAUUAAUUUAAAUUCUUUUGAAUUCUGAUUAAAAACAAAGUAUGAUAUUGAUUUUCAAUUAUUUUCAUUUUGCCGAGUUCAUCACAAGAGACGCCUCACAAGAAAUGACAUAAUUUCUUAUUCGAAAAUAUAAUAUAAAUUUCAAAUCUUAAAAUUUUGUUGUUAAUUUAAGAUUAUAUUUUCAUCAUUUUUUAAAGAUAAUAUGAAGCACAAGGGCAGGAAAAGGGGUACGGUAGUGUACGGUAGGGUACGGUAGGGUACGGUAGGGUACGGUAGGGUACGGUAGGGUACGGUAGGGUACGGUAGGGUACGGUAGGCAGAAGAUUCAACAAUUUAAAAACAGAAGAUGUCUCAAGUAUUUCUCUCGCUAAACGUCAGCCAUCAAUAAACUCCUAUAUUGCCUUAAAUGUUUUAAAUAGUAAUCAUUUAGAAAACGAGCAAGGUAAACGUAUAAAAUAUAGAAUAAAAUCUCAUAACUUCAUGAAGUUAGGAACGUAGACUUCAUUACAUAGUUACUUCUUUUUUUAAAAUACGGAAUUUUGCCUUGGGACUUACGGAAAGCGCACUUUCGCAUUUGCUGUUCCAACAAUUUGGAACGCCCUUUCAGUCGAUCUCAGAAACAACCAGACACUGGAGUCCUUUAAAACCGAUUUAAAGACACAUUUAUUUCGCAAACACCUUCUGGGAUGAUUGUCUACCUUAUUUUCCAGUUAAUGUGUAAUGGCUGUGUUGCUUAGGGUUCAAAUGGCUUGAAAGACUUUGACAUUGUAUGCUUGUAAUUAGUUUUUGUAGUGUUGCGUUUGUUUUAAAUGUGGUAAAUUAUAGAUUUGUUUUUUGUUGACUUUGUACCGUGCUUCGAGCCUUUUGGGGAUGAAGCGUGUUUUUGAAAUGAACUUUAUUAUUAUUAUUUAUAUUAAUUCUAAAGAAUUUUUACAAUAGCAGGCAGAAAUUAUCGCAAAGUGUCCACCAUUAUUAUCCAGAUAACAUUGGGUCAUAUAUUGUAGUUUAUAAUAUUAAACUACCAUUAAUAGGGCACACAAUUCAUAACAUAAAACUACAUUGAAAAAAGCAUACAAUUUAUACUAUGAAAACUUCCUCAAAAAGCAUAUAAUUAACUGUCUAAAACUUCCUUGCAUAUAACAUUCAUUUUAUGACAUUAAAUUGAAUUUACUAGACAUAAUGUUUUAUCCUUUUAAACACUAAUUAAUUGAAUUCAUGAUUUAUAAUUUAAAAAAACAGCAAUGACUAUAACAAAUACUAUAUAACAUAAAACUGGAUUGAAUAUAUCACACAACAUAUCAUGCAAAAGUGUCUUAGCUAUGUAUAUAUAUCCACCACCUUUUAUAUACGUAUAUAUUAGAACAUAGAAAAGUAUUUUUUGAAUUGAUUCUUUUUUUAAAAUUAUUAAACCUAAAUAGCUUGAAAGAGUUUAACACUUAUUAAUGAAAAGACAGUUUUAAGUUACUUGUUGUGCAUAUUCAGCCAUCUCCCAAAAAGACGUGUCUUGAUUCUACAUUUUUAUACUAAUUUUAUUAAACAAAAGAGUAUAACGUUCUUCAAAUUUAUGCAGCAUCUAUGAGCAUGCUUUGACCUGUGCUACAAAUUACAUCAAUGAAAACUGUGGUGCCAUCUAUGGCGCUUUCGUUCGUGAAUAUUACCGGAGGGCAGUUUGGCCGUCGUUCAAUUGUGAGCUGGAAGCGAGCCAUGUCCGUAAGUUAACCAGUGUUUGUAAGACAUGAAUCUAAGUUAAAGGGUAUUCGGGAGACAUGUGAAGACUUCAAUGUAAAAACCAUACAUGUCACUUAAUUUAAUUUUUUAAUUAUAUACCUUAACCAAUUCACCCUAUAAAAUACGGUAUCUAAAUUAUGGGUAUUUGCAAAACAUUAUCUAAGUUAAAGGGUAUUUUUAAAACAUGUAAUUAAAUUAACGAGUUUUUGUAAUUGCAGUUUUAUUUUUUUGUAAGUUAAAGAUUUUUUUCUAAAAAUAACAAUAAUCUAGACAAUGUAUCCCACAGAUAAAUUGUAUUUGUUUUUUAAAUUUCCAAAACGACUAUUUCCAAAUAGACUAAUUAGGAAACGUUGCAAAUUGUUCAGAGUGAUAUAAAUUAAUAAGCAUACAAAAAAAAUCAUAAAAACAAUCAUUUUCUAAAAAACACAUAAACGCUAGAACAGCAACAUCCCUGCCAUUUAUAUCAAUUUAAGUAAAACCUUUAAAAGUCAUCCCUGCCAUUUAUAUCAAUUUAAGUAAACCUUUAAAAGUCAUCCCUGCCAUUUAUAUCAAUUUAAGUAAACCUUUAAAAGUCAUCCCUGCCAUUUAUAUCAAUUUAAGUAAACCUUUAAAAGUCAUCCCUGCCAUUUAUAUCAAUUUAAGUAAACCUUUAAAAGUCACAGAAUGUGUUACUGAAGUAAGAGUUAGUAUUAUAUUAAAGAUCUGUGAAAUAGACGCUUUAGGGUUAGAGAUUAAGUUAUUUCCUUUAAAAUUAAAAAAUAACAACAUCUUCCUACAAUUUGAAUUCAAGUAUGUUUCAAAAUUCGCCAGUUGACAACUGUACUCAAUAAUACCAGGGCAGGUUUUUUUUCAAAGGGGACGGGGGGGGGGGGCAAAACCAAAACUUAUUCCGCUUGUUAAGUUGUGUAUUACUGGAGGCACCACAGUACAUAGAAAUUUAAAUAAAGCCUGCACAUUCCACAAAGCCCUACCCAAAUGAUGUCCCUUUACCAGGCUGAUACCUUUUAAGGAUGACGAUGCAGAUCUUUCGUUAUUCGAUCAAACUUUCCUGGCAGUGGUUAGCCCGAAGAUGAGAUAUCACGAGUGAAACAUUCAUGAGAAUAAGACAAUUUUGUUUAAAAAAUUAAGAGCUAAUUUAGUAGCAUUCAUUUCCUGUCUUUUUUUGUAUUACCUACACAUAUAUUUUAAUUAAAGAAUUAUGCUGACAUUAAAUAAACGUAUUUUUACAAACAUUAUGUUGACAAACUUAGGUAAAAGAAUAUGGUGUUGACUUUAUAAAGGAUCGUUAACUAAAGUUAUCAUUUAUUACAUCUGUUCUAUUUCAGGUCGUUUUGUUGACGCUGUCAGAGUGGACCCUUUCAAUUCCGACCUUCUAAUUCAGUUGGUUAAAGGAUUACUUUAAAAAUCCUAGAAAAACCAGUAACUAACAAAAUCUUAUGUUUGUUUUGAAUUAAAAUGCUAAGUACGUUUUUUUUUUCAAUUGUUUAUUUUUAAAUCAAAUUUUACCAUUGAAGAUUUA